CAAUCCACAGGGCUGCACAGGGAAUUAAUUUGCGUAUAAAAAGGCAACCGAAAAAAUCAAAUCGACACAUUCGCCCUUCAGGUAGAUCUUCACCUAAGAGAAAAUGAAAUUCUUGAGCGCAAUCAUCCUGCUGACUGUGGCUGUGGCCAUGGCUGACAAAGAUGAAGAUGAUUGGAAUUUCUACAAGUUCCAAUUCGGCAAGAAACACUCGCCCAAGGAAGAAGCCAACCGAAAAAGAAAUUUCCUUGCCAGACAGAGAGUCAUGGAGAAGCACAACAAAGAGAAUAAAGACUGGCAGAUGGGACACAACAAGUUCUCCGAUUUGUCCGAUGAUGAGAAAGUGUCGUUGCUUGGAGCCAAACCAGCGAUCCGUCGCGAGAGAUUGAUUUCAAGAGAAGCAGCCGUUCCCGUUCUCGACCGCGCCCUUCCCGCUUCGAUUGAUUACCGCACUGACAAGUGCAUGCAGCCAGUCAAAGAUCAAGGCCAAUGUGGAAGCUGCUGGUCUUUCGCUACGAUCGUCCCUCUCGAAUUCAACAGUUGCAACAAAACCGGCACCGCAGUCGCACUGAGCGAGCAAAUGUUGGUCGACUGUGACACCGGCAACGGCGGCUGCAACGGUGGAAUGUACGAUCGCGCCUGGCAAUUCAUCCAAGCAAAGGGCGGUGUCAUGAAGAGCUCAUCCUAUUCUUACACUUCCGGAUCUAUCGGAACUGCAGAAACUUGCAAGUUCGACAGCACCGCCGUUGGCGCCAAAGUUGCUUCUUUCGGCUGGGUCACGCCUUCGCUCGUUCCCGACCCCACCGCUAUCAUGACCAACUUGCAGAGCAACGGACCUCUUCCCAGUGGCAUUAAGAUCCUCGACUCUUUCUACAGCUACGCAUCUGGAGUCUACAGCGAUCCCGCUUGCAUUGUUGACAACAAAUACGAUAUCAAUCACGCCGUCGUUAUCGUCGGAUACGGCACCACCACCGCCACUUCCACCGAUCCGGCCACUCCUUACUGGAUUGUCCGCAACUCCUGGAGCAACGGAUGGGGUCUUUCCGGCUACUUCUUCAUGAAGCGCGGUGUAAACAUGUGCAACAUCGAGUCAUGGGCUGCCUUCGUUAAGGUUGUCUAAUAAUAACGAAUUACCUAUACACCACCGAUGCAAAUGCGCCUCGAUUUCACAUUCUCUUCCUUCCCUAAAAAAAAUUAUUUUAUGAAAUUGUUUACGUGCUGGGGCAUAGAAAACAAAUACACUUGAAUUUAGCAUGGCAAAA